AUGACUGAAUGCGAAGGUCGAGCGGUGCGCUGUGGAGCGACGCCGAGUUGGAGUCGCGCCGCGCUGCCCUCCUCGCCCAACUGCACGAGCAAGAGACGGACUGACGUCGCGUCCACGUGCACAUCUUUAACGACUACCCGCGCACCCCCCGCCACCGCCCGCCCACGCCAGGUGACCGCUCCCUCGCACAUUGCGCCGACAUUCCCUCAGCCACUCAUACUCAGUGCGAUUCAAAGUCCAUCAUUUACAGCCCCAAUGAAAACUCAGACAGUGAAAACACAAAACGCUCAUCCGAGUCGGACGCAUCUAGUUCUUAGUAUGUACAUGUUAUUCAGCAUAGGUGCCGGCUUGUUUGUCAACGACAAAUAG